CUGACCGCGACUUCUAAAAACAUGAAAACUAUCGUUAUUAUUUCGGCUGUGCUUUGCAGCUUCUUGCUGUGUCACAGCACAACGGCUUUGCAACCAGAAGGUCUUAAAGAAAAUAAUGGUGACAUAACAAUCGAUGGCUCUAUUGAAUCCAGUGCACACAUCGAAAUUCCAGAGAAGGUAGCCAAGGAUUUAUUAAAAGCUAUGAUCGAAGCUUUCCAGCACAUGCAAGUUUCUAGCGAAGUAGCAGCUGAGGUCCAGGUUAAUACUGGUGCAGAGGAACCGGCAAGCGUGGCGAGUGAGCCACAAAAUCGCACGACUUGUGACUCAGGGGCCUGUAGUAUGUACUGUAUUUCGAUUGGACGCCACGGUGGAUAUUGCAGUGUUUGGUCGGCCUGUAUGUGCGUAUAACGCACAUAGAAUUAGAAAAAAAAAAUACAUUUUUAAAAACAAAGCAAAUUGUAAUGAAUUUCAAAUUAUUUUUACACUCCCGCAAUAAGUUGCUAUAGAAUAUAAUUGUUUUGUUUAACAAGCAGUUAUAUACAUA